AUCGCCUGGGCUCACGAUCGGAUCCAACACGAUCGUCUGGACUCACGAUCGUCUGUACUCACGAUCGCCUGGACUCACGAUCGUGUCCGACUCGAUUAUGAUCGACUCGAUGUGGACACUCGAUCGUCUGUACUCACGAUCGUGUCCAACACAAUCAAACACGAUCGGAUCCAACACAAAUCGAUCUCCAUCGUGGCUUAUCGUGUUCGACUCGAUCGAGUCGAACACGAUCGCCUGGACUCACGAUCGACUCGAAAACGAUCGAGUCGAACACGAUCGAGUUGAAUGCGAUCGAGUCGAUCAUGAUCGAGUCGAACACCAUCGAGUCGAACACGAUCGAGUCGAGCACGAUCGAGUCGAGCACGAUCGAGUCGAACGCGAUCGAGACUGUCAUAAUCGAGUCGAACACGAUAAGCCUGGACUCACGAUCGAGUCGAACACGAUCGAGCUGGCCUGUCAAUCUCGCGCCGAACGAGAUCGUGUUGACCACGGGCACGAUCACGAUCGAGUUGAACACGAUCGCGGAUGCCUCGUCACGAAGGAGAUGCUCCCUUAUCACUAUCUGGAACUUUUCUGCUCCUCGUGCCAUGCCAACGUUGUGCGGCCUUCUGAUUUUUUGCUUCGCGGUGAUGUGCUGUGUUGCUUUCAGAUUAGGCAGCGCUACAAAACAUGGAAGGAGAGGGGAAGGCAAGUAAACGACGAGCAAACUCGGCAAAAUGUGCCGUUUGCAACUUUCGAGUUGACGAUGGUCCUAAAUGGAAGAGGGGAAAGAAUACCAAACAUUAAACACGUCGCUCUUCGAUGGGCCAAACACGCGGGGUUUGGAAAGUCGCUGGUUGAUGUGUUCAACCCACCAGGGACAUUGGAAGUGAAGUUGCCUAACCUCGUUGAUGUCCUCGGGUUUUUCGACAGUAAUGUGAUCGUGGGCAGAGAGCCGAUUGUGCAUCCAGAGGACCGCAUAUCAGAGCCUAAAUGCGUGCUUUCGAGAACCGUGGAGACAGGGACUUCGAUCACGAUCUGCGAUACGCCGCAUGGUCCGAAAGCUGAGCAGAUAGGAGAUAAGGGUCCGUGCCGCGGACUGGUCGUACCGUCAGCCCCUAUGAAGACCAGGCCAACGACGACCAAAACACCAGUUGCCUUGGGCAGCCGAUCGCGCUAUGAUGUGGCCACCAAGGGACAUCUCCCCUUGGUGGGCCAGCAGCGCUAUGACUACAGUGUGCUGGGCCGCGUAGAGGAAGUCCAUGAGUAUUUUGAAGAUGAGGAUGAAGAGAACAACGAGGAAUAUUCGGAACGAGCAGGAGGACAGGAACAGUAUGCUGCGGGUGUCGGCGGGAUGAUAAGGCAUCCAGGAGAGACAAGUAAAGUGGUUCGACAGGAUGAAGACAGUGAACACACUGUGAGCGCAUCGGGUGGGGAGGUUGGUCCGGCAGGAGGAUAUGGGAGCAGCUACGAAGGAUAUGAGGGGGAUGUGCACGCGACAGUGGCUGUGGCUGGGCAUAUAGAUGCUGUAGGGCUCGCUGAGCGAAAGAGGAAGCACAGGCGGGAGAGGAAAAGUCUUAUGGAUAAUAAACGGAGUAGGCAAGAAGCGGGUGAAAAAAGACGAUUGAAAAUAAUGCCCGUGGAUGAGGCGGUCCAGCGAACGCGAGAGAUUGAGGCAGCCGCGAAGAAAAAGCAGCAGCCAAAGAAAAGAAAGGCAAAAGGUGGUGUUAUGAAAAAGAGUUCUGUUUUUCCAGCGGAACAACCACAAUCGGAUGAAGAGGCCAAAGGCAAGACAAUUACUAGGCCGCCAAGUUUGCAAAAUGUGCCAUCUGUGACUUCUUCUAGUGUUCUUAGCAAAGGUUUUUUCCUUGAGUUGGACAAGCAUGGGAACCAAUGUCCAGACAUGGAAUUCAUUUCUGUCCAGUUCGACAGAAUUCUGGAUAUUCCGGACGGGGAAUUCAGAUACAAUCAACGUUAUCUUGUGCAGCAGACGGUUGACGACAUUUAUGACGCAAUGAUUGCAUCAGGUGAGGCUGCUAUGAGAGAGAGAAUGACUGGAGCUGCCGGUGUGAAUGUCUGUACGUUGUAUGAGAAGCCUGUCCUUUUGUUGGUUGCCCUCCGUGAUACAUUGCAUACUGACGCUUCAGAGAGGAUUGUGAGAGCAAGGAGGGUGCUGCCCGAUGAUUUCGAUCUCGAAUCUGUGAACAAGUACUACUACUACCCUCUCAGCGGUCAGCAUAACGUGGCGGCGGCAAGAAGGUGUUUUGUUGAACGCCCUGACAUCGCACAAGAGCUCCGAUUGGAUCGCUGGACUGCGAUGCCUAUUUAUUAUCCGGAUAAGAACAUGGACAAUUAUUGCACGCUGAGCACUUUCCAAAACUCCAAGGACAAAUGGAAUACCCCACCGCACCAGAACGUGGUCGUCCAGAACAUACGGAAGUUGUGGCACGAGUCGAACUGUCCUGAAGCUAAAGGCGGCUCAGCGGCAGAAGUGAAAAAUGCAGAGUAUAGAAAGUUUGCGGGAGAGGCUCUUCGUUUGACCGGGAUUCGUAAUUUGAUUGACAUGUCCCUUACUACUCACUGGAGCGGCUAGUGGUCUGACGCCCUCGGGCCCUACAUGUUGUUGGCAAGGGCGACAGAUGACGUUUUCGAAAAGGUGAAACAAGUGUACGCCGCUUGGGAAGC